UGUCGAGUACUUUCGUGGAUGGAUUUAACAAAUAUAACAACAAACGUGCUAUUAUAAUUCUAAUGCUUGCGAUAAAUUUUUCGUGCGCGAUCAAAUGACUCAUCCGUUUCCUUGGUGUGUAUCUAUUCGUAGAACUCGACGAUUUGUAAGCAUUCCAACAGAAUUUGCUAAAUAGUUCGUGUUGCUCGUAUCUAAACUUGGUCUUAAACUUCCUCGAUUCAGUUUUUUCGUGUCUGAUAGCAGGAAAUAAAAAAUGGUUAUCGAUAGCUUUACUUGAUACGGACAUGGCAAUAAAAAUUGUUCGCGCUUGUCAGUCGAUUUCGCGGCUAAUCAAUUCAAUGAAUGAAUUCACUCCAAUGACAAUUAAUGAAAUUACAUUUCGGAAAAACUCUGGUUCGUUACAGUUAUAUACAUAUAUGACAAUUGUAUCGAAGAUGUGCUAGUGCAUACUACAUACGUAAUCAGUUCAAAUAGUGUGUGUUGCACGAAAACGGAAUCUAGAAUAAAGUAUCAUUUCCGUUCGAAAAAAAAUAAUUUACUUUUUGCAUUUUCUCGUGGAUAGACAACAUUUGUAAUGCAACGAGAAAAAGAAAAUAAUAACAAGAUAACGUUCGGUUGUUUAUUGUACAAUGGUUCCUCGUUUCGAGGGAACCUCUGAUUGCGUGUAGCCAUGUAUACGCUUUAUGCAUAGCAUAGGUGUCUGCAAUGGUGUAUCUGUCUGAUCAUGGAAAAAAUAACGUGUACGUGAACGGUGUAAUCGUGCAUAAAUGCAUAUCUGUAAAACAGUGAAUAGAAUGGGAAAACAAAACGGAUCGUGUUGGUGGUUUAUGAAAACCGUGAACUGGAUACCAGUUCUUUUCAUCUUGACGGUUAUCGUAUGGUCGUAUUACGCUUAUGUGGUGCAAUUAUGUUUUUAUACAAUAGAUAAUUAUGUUCAGCAAGCAUUUUACUUGUUUUUUUAUCACAUCCUAUUUCUAUUAUUUUUGUGGUCCUACUGGCAAACCGUAUUUACAGACUUAAUAGAAGUACCAGACAAGUUUAGAAUACCAGAUGUAGAAAUGGAAAAAUUUCAACAAGCUGAAACAGAAGAAGCACGGAGACAAAUGUUAGAAAGAUUCGCUCAAGAUCUUCCAGUCACAAAUCUUACUAUCGAAGGAGUAAUACGUUUCUGCGAGAAAUGUCAGUUAAUUAAACCAGAUCGAGCACAUCACUGUAACGUGUGCAGAACGUGUGUUUUAAAAAUGGAUCAUCAUUGCCCAUGGAUAAACAACUGUGUUGGCUUUCACAAUUAUAAAUUCUUCAUGUUAUUUUUGGCAUAUGCCCUUCUUUACUGUAUAUUUAUUACUGCUACAUCUUUACAAUACUUCAUACGUUUUUGGAAAGGAGAAUUGGAUGGAAUGGGCAGAUUUCAUCUACUGUUUUUAUUUUUUGUGGCACUAAUGUUUGCAGUUAGUUUAAAUUCCCUUUUCCUCUAUCAUUGCUACCUUGUUUUACAUAAUAGGUCUACAUUAGAGGCGUUUACAGCACCCAUGUUUCGCACAGGAAAGGAUAAAGAUGGUUUCAGUCUUGGAAAAUAUAAUAAUUUCCAGGAAGUAUUUGGUGAUAAUCCUAAACUAUGGUUCCUUCCCACUUUUACUAGUUUUGGCGAUGGGGUAAACUUUCCCGAACGGCUGUGCAAUGAAGACACAUAUACUCUGUUGGGACAUACUACCCAACAGUGGGAUGAUGAGACCGAGCUUGACUCUCCACCUCCCUAUAGGUCGCAAUCAGGUAUUGUGUAGUCUGAAUCCCUAUGUUGAGGUGGUGCGUUAGUCUAUAUACAUUGUCCAAAUACAUGUUACAGUAUUUCUAGUACAAAACUAAUGUUAGCCACAAUUACGCUCUAUGUUACAUUCGUGAAAAAUUCAUAUUCAAUUCUUUGAAUAAUUCUACACAUUCGUAUCGAUUUUUACUUGUAAUCAUAAUUUUUGUGUUAAUUAUUAAUUAACAUUAUUAAUUAAUUAAGUUACCAUCAUUGCCACAUUGAGCAGAGUGUAGUCUUCUAGAGUAUUUUAAAUAUUAUACGUAUAAAUAUUCAGAGAAUUAAUUGUGCUUAAUAUAAACUCUUUUUCUGUACUGUUUGUAUUAAUUUAAUCGUGGUAUAUAUCGAUAAAGAAUACAUAUAUAUUGUUAAAAGUAAAAAUUUACAGAUAUCGACAGUAUUAUCAUUUUUUAUUUCUAUAUCGUUAAUAUUUUAAAUAAUAUAAAUUUACCGUAGUUUUCAAUGUUUACUUAGCUAAUAAAUCUAUAAAAUCGUUACAAGCUAUAAUAAUUUUCUUUUUUGACAGCAUAAGAUUUUCAAAAUUCGAUCAAUAGAAAGUUUAUUGUAAACUAAUAAUUUAUGUAAGUAUAAUUUACAUAAAAAAGAUAAUUCGAUGUUUUAAUAUGAUAGUCAAAAUACAACUAAGUGUUUAAAAAAAGAUUAUUAUUUACAAUAGGGUGCAUAUUUUUUAUAACAUUCAUUACAUACAUAUGCUUUGUACAAUAAAAACGUGAAUAAUGCCUAAAGACACAUAUAAAGCUAAUAUAAAUUAUAGAGUCAUAAAUAUUAUUACAGUUUGCAUUUAUGUGUUUGCCAAUGUACAGGAUGUAUAUAUAAUAUCAUGUAUGAAAUACAAAUGAAAUACCACUGUCUAUUACUAAGUAAAGUUGUAAUAAAAAAAAGGAGAAUAAACUGUUAAAGUUGUAUGUAUUUGCAGUAUAUGGAAAAACUAUUUUGUAUACAAUUAACACUUUAUCCUUAAUUUCUAUUUCACUAAAACUGAUUACUAUGCUUGAAUGUAGGAAUUAUUUUUGUAGGUAAGCAUGUCCUGUUCUGUAAGAUUAAUUUAUGAAUAUUUAAUGCAAAAGUAAUAAAUCAUAUGUAGAUUUAAUGCAUAUUUAUGUAUCACAAUUAUUACAUACAUUAACGCACUGAGAUAUUAUUACAACAUAAAAUCGAGUAUAGGAUAUCGAUUUAUAUGAUUUUAAAAGAAAUAAUUUAUUAUUGUUUAGCAAGUAGUGAUGAUGUACAUCAAUGUAGUAUUUGAUAUAACUUUUAAAAUCGAACAUGGCAAAAUUGGGUUUUGUAUUGUUGCAUGUUCUUUAUGUUUUCGUAGCUUACUGAAAGUAAUAUUAUGCGCCAUUUUUCCAAAUUUAUUAUUAUUACAUAAUUGCUUAACACGAAAUCAUAGAUCAGAGCUUUUUAUAUGUAUAUCAGAUAUUGUAUUUGUAUAAUACCUGAUAAUCUAAGAUUAUCUACAUUAUUAUAAAUAUGUUUAGAUAGUAAACACUGUUAAUUCAUCCACAUUAACGAUCGUAAGUUUGAUUAAAUAAUUUUGAAAUAUU